GAACUUUCCUUGACUUAAUUUGUGCAGUAGUAUGGGUAUACUGUUACUAUUGAACUUCCCCUGUGUGGAUAUAUUGUUACUGUUGAACUUCCCCUGACUUAAUUUGCACAGUAGUGUGGGUAUACUGUUACCGUCGAACUUUCCCUGACUUAAUUUGCACAGUAGUGUGGGUAUACUGUUACCGUUGAACUUCCCCUGGCUUAAUUUGCGCAGUAUUGUGGGUACUAUUGAACUUCCCCUGACUUAAUUUGUGCAGUAGUGUAGUUAUACUGUUAUUAUUGAACUUCCCUUGAUUUAGUUUGUGCAGUAGUGUGGGUAUACUGUUAUUAUUGAACUUCCCCUGAUUUAAUUUGCACAGUAGAGUGGAUAAUGGAGUGGACAGGAGAGUGUUCUGUCUGAUAACUGGACUCAUCCAAAUCUCGGUCGUCAUCUCUCAUCUUGUUGUUGUGUGUUCAUUGUUUAUUGUGCUGAAUGGGUUUUUUUUUCCUUCAUCGCUGCUGUGUGGUGCAACGCAGCAGCUAUGAAGGCUUUUCUCUUCUCUCUAACUGGCAAUUAGGAUGGGUUAAAUGCAGUAGACACAUUUCAUUGUGCAGGGAACAUGUUCCUAUGUGCAUAUGACAAUAAAAUUCUCUUGAAUCUUGAACUCCUGGCUUUCUUUGUGCAGUAGUGUGGGUAUACUGUUCAUGGGUGUUUGUUGUUUCUUUUAGGGAUCCAUUAUGGGGUUGACAGACCUUGGUAAGAUCAUUAGCCUGCAGAGGAAUCCUGCAAGCAUUCGGAACCUUUGCAUUCUGGCCCACGUGGACCACGGUAAAACUACUCUGGCUGACUGCUUAGUGGCCAGCAAUGGGAUCAUAUCAAGUCGCCUCGCAGGGAAGCUGAGGUACCUGGACAGCAGAGAGGAUGAACAGAUCAGAGGAAUCACCAUGAAGUCCAGCGCCAUCUCUCUGCACUAUCGCCAUGGCGAUGAGGAGUUCUUGCUGAACCUGAUCGACUCUCCUGGUCACGUGGACUUCUCCUCAGAGGUGUCCACAGCUGUUCGGCUGUGUGACGGUGCGAUUGUUGUGGUCGAUGCUGUGGAGGGAGUGUGUCCACAGACCCAGGCUGUUCUGCGCCAGGCAUGGCUGGAGAACAUCAGACCUGUUUUGGUUAUCAACAAGAUAGACAGACUUAUCCUGGAGCUAAAGCUGACGCCGCAGGAAGCUUACAGCCACCUUCAGAAGAUUCUGGAACAGGUGAAUGCGGUGACAGGAACUUUGUUCACGUCGACUGUGCUGAAGGAGCGAGCAGACAAAGAGGAAAAGAAGAAGACCUUGGGUAGAGAUCAGGUUUACGACUGGAGCACUGGGCUGGAGGAGGUUGAUGAUUCCCACCUCUACUUCUCUCCUGAUCAAGGCAACGUGGUCUUUGCUAGUGCCAUCGACGGAUGGGGCUUCAGCCUGCAGCAGUUUGCUGAUAUCUACAGCUGUAGAUUGGGGGUGAAGGUGGAUGUGCUGCUCAAAACACUGUGGGGAGACUUUUACCUCAGCACCAAAGCCAAGAAGAUCCUGACAGGAGCUCAGGCCAAAGGAAAGAAGCCGCUCUUUGUGCAGCUUGUGCUGGAUAACAUUUGGAGUUUAUAUGAUGCAGUUGUCACCAGGAGAAAUGAUGAAAAGGUUGAGAAGAUGAUGUCAUCACUCGACGUGAAGAUAAAGGCAAGAGACUUUCGUCACUCUGACCCCAAAGUCCUCCUGGUUUCCAUCUGCAGCCAGUGGCUCCCUGUCUCAGAGGCCGUCCUCUCGAUGGUGUGUCACAAACUUCCCAGUCCACUGGACAUGAUGGCGGAAAGAGUUGAAAAACUGAUGACUGGUGGAACCAGGAGGUUUGACUGUCUGCCUGAGGAGACACAAAAAUUGAAAGCAGAUUUCCUCAAGUGUUCAAGUGAGGAAAACGCUCCAGUCAUCGUCUUUGUGUCGAAGAUGUUUGCCGUGGAUUCCAGGGCCUUGCCUCAAAAUCGACAAAGGCCCCUGACCCAAGAGGAGCUUUGUCGGCGCAGGGAUCUGGCUCGACACAGACAUGCUGACAGGAUGUCCACAGAUGACUCGACAACACAGAACCACCCCGACGGCCACAAGCGCCCGCAGCUUGAUGGCCCGGAGCGCCUGCGGCCCAACGGCCCAGAGCAUCUCCCUCAGUGGAGUUGCAGCACAGAGGUCAAAGCAGAGGAUGAAGAUGAGCACACCUUCAUCGCAUUUGCCCGAGUGUACAGUGGAGUGCUGAAGAAAGGACAGACCGUGUUCAUCUUAGCUCCAAAAUAUGAUCCUGUCCAAGGCCUGAGUAUGCUGUCAGAAGACUGCAAGACUUUGGACUCAGUGCCUGUGGUGCCUCAUUUGUCCCAUUGUUCUGUGGAAACACUGUACCUGCUGAUGGGCAAAGAGCUGGAAGAACUGGAGGAAGUUCCUUCUGGAAAUAUCCUUGGUGUCGGUGGUCUGUCUGAGUUUAUCUUAAAGUCUGCCACCCUGUCAACCUCUGCUGCCUGCCCUCCCUUCACCACUCUCAACUUUGAGGCUACACCCAUCGUACGGGUUGCCAUCGAACCCAAACACCCAAGUGAGAUGCCAAAGCUGGUGCACGGGAUGCGCUUGUUGAACCAGGCAGAUCCGUGUGCUGAAGUUCUCAUUCAGGAAACUGGAGAACAUGUUCUGGUCACUGCUGGUGAGGUCCAUCUUCAGCGCUGCCUGGAUGAUCUGCAUGACCGGUUUGCUAAAAUUGAGAUCAGUGUGUCAGAGCCAAUCAUUCCUUUCAGAGAAACAGUGGUGCGUCCUCCCAAAGUAGAUAUGGUCAAUGAAGAGCUGGGAAAGCAGCAGAAAGUGGCCAUUAUUCACCAGGUGAAAGAAGAGGCUCCUCAAACCCGUUUGACUGGCACACUGCAUGUAGACUCCAGUGGUCUGGUCACUGUCACCACACCAAACCGACUGGCCACCGUGAGCAUCCGAGCCGUGCCUCUGCCCCAGGAGGUAACCAGUCUGCUGGAGAGGAGUUCUGACCUCAUUCGGACUCUGGAGCAGGUGAAUAUGUCCCUGAGGGAAGGAAGGAGUGUGGAAGUGAAUCCCUGGACAUUGCAGGCCUUCGCUGGACUCAAGGCUCAGAUGGAGAGUCUGCUCCAGGGGAGGAAGUGGAGGAAUGCCGUGGACAGUAUCUGGGCCUUUGGGCCGCGCAGGUGUGGUCCGAACAUUUUGUUGAACAAUGUGGAAGACUACCAGCGUCCAUCUGUGUGGUACUGUGUGAACAGGGUGGAGAGACCUGGCAAGCCUGGAGGUCAGACCGCUGCUCUAAGAGACUUUGACAACAGUAUUGUCAGUGGCUUCCAACUGGCUGCCCUGUCAGGGCCGAUGUGUGAGGAGCCGAUGAUGGGAGUCUGUUUCUCUGUGGAGAGGUGGGACAUUCAGGCCGUGUCCUCACCUCAGGAUCAGAACUCUUUGCAAGAAGGUUCUGUGUUACACGAGGCUUCUGCAAGCAGCAAAGUUGGAGAAAUGAGACCACCAUCUUCACAAGGAGACAGCACAUCCACAGGGCCGAGUGGGUCCAACCGGAGGCCAGAGGCCCCUUCUGUGGACUGCUACGGACCUGUUUCCGGCCAGCUGAUCGCUGCUGUGAAGGAGGCCUGCCGCCGCGCCUUCCAGGCUCAGCCCCAGAGACUGAUGGCCGCCAUGUACACCUGUGAGAUCAUGGCCACUGCCGAGGUUUUGGGUCGGGUUUAUGGUGUUUUGGGGAAGCGAGAGGGGCGUGUUCUCCAGGAAGAGAUGAAGGAGGGAACGGACAUGUUCAUCAUCAACGCCGUCCUGCCCGUGGCUGAGAGUUUUGGAUUUGCUGAUGAAAUCCGUAAGAGGACCAGUGGACUGGCCAGUCCCCAACUGGUCUUCAGCCACUGGGAGGUGAUCAGCAGUGACCCAUACUGGGUUCCCACCACUGAAGAAGAGUACCUGCACUUUGGGGAGAAGGCUGAUUCCUCCAAUCAGGCCCUCAAAUAUAUGAAUGCUGUCCGUCGUCGCAAAGGCCUGUAUGUGGAGGAGAAGUUAGUGGAACACGCCGAGAAACAACGGACCCUUAGCAAGAACAAAUAGUGAGGAAGGAAGCCAGGGACUGAGAAAGGGCUCUCUCACUGGAUGCAGUUUGAUCCGACUCUGCCAGACUUCCGCACAAUUUGGUUCUUUCUCAUUUGUUUUUUAGCGCUCCUGCUGGGCACAUGUUCAGGUUCUGUCCUUCCCAUGUUGAUAAAAAUGCUUCCUGUUGAUAAGUUCCAAAGAACUGACAUUUCUUCAGUAUUUGUACAGAAAGGAGCUUCAAACCGUUGGUGCUCUAGAAAUGUGUGAGAACAUCUGAAGAACUUUCCAGCUGUGUUCCAGCAGCAUCUGAAGUUUCCAGCUGUGUUUUGGUCUUUGGAUUAAUGUCUGUAGCAACAGUGAUGGUACGGCUGCAUCUUCUCAAAGGCCCAGUCCCAGGACUCUGCCUUCACCUCACCACUCUACCCGUUGGCCCAAGUGAAGGGAAAGGUGAUUAGGUGUGGGGAGAAGACUGGGACUGGGACUGAGUGUGCAAAGUAAACCUGAAAUGAUGUAGAGCAACAUUCACCUGCAUCCAGGUCAUCCCUAAAACUGCUUCUGACAGGCAAAACCUCACAGACAUUUUCUGUCCGUCAAAACAAAGAAACUCUGUCCGGAUUUAACAGCACAAAACACUUUGAGCCGAUGUGUUUUCAUAAUGAAUAAAAUACAACAUGAACUCAG